AUGAGCACACGCGCUGUACACAUUGAGCUCAUUAAGGCGAUGGACACAUCCUCUUUCAUCAACGGCUUGCGACGGUUUUUGGCAAUGAGAGGACCAGUGAAACAGAUUCAGUCGGAUUGCGGGACAAAUUUUAAAGGCGCUUGCAAGGCACUACACAUGUUGGUCGCAGACCCCGAAGAACCUAAUGUCAACAAGUACUUGGGGGAACAAGGAUGCACGUGGAUCUUUAACCCUCCACACUCCUCCCACAUGGGAGGAACGUGGGAACGCAUGAUCAGAGUCUCCAGACGGAUCCUUGACUCCAUGCUACAGGAAAAUCCCCAGUCACGCCUCACACACGAGGUAUUGUCAACCUUGAUGGCUGAGGUAACUGCAAUCAUCAAUGCCAGACCCCUCGCACCGAUAUCUUCCGAUCCAGAGUCUCCUUUCCUAUUGACCCCUGCAUCGUUGCUGACACAGAAGGUGCACCAUCUACCUGCUCCUCCUGGAGCCUUUGACAAGAAGGACCUCCAUCGCCAACAAUGGAGACAAGUCCAACAUCUUGCUAAUGUCUUCUGGAACAGAUGGAGACGCGAGUACCUUCCCACGCGACAGACUCGCAGUAAGUGGCAGGAUGUCAGACCUUGCUUAUUGCUUACUUGCUUAUGCUUAUUCCAGUCCUUCGUAGCCGAAGACGACGUUGCGCUCCCCCAUCCUUCGAUCCCCGCGCUGUUGACGCCGCUGAUGCGCACGUUGGUGCGCCCUCAGACCUAACGUCAAGGAAGGUGACCUAGUGUUGCUCAAAGACAAUCAAACCAAAAGAAACGAAUGGCCACUUGCAGUCGUGACAGACUUUUCCCGACCAGGAUUGUAUGGUUAGGAAGAUCGAGCUGAAGGUCACCCGAUCUGGAUCUCCAAAGACAUUCUUGAGACCUGUUUCUGAAACUGUUCUACUCAUGGCAGCUGAAAACUGAAUCUUCAUAUUUUUACUUCUUGUUAAUUGACAAUAGUGGUAUAAAAUAUAUACCAGACAGGGAGUGUCAUGUUCCGUUUAUGGUUAGAUUCUAGGGGACUUCAAUUUGGGCAAAACAAACCGGAAGUACCUUGUCAUGUUCCGUUUUUGGUUAGAUUCUACGGCACUUUAAUUUUGGCAACAUAACACCGGAAGUACCGAGUCCAGUGAAGACCUUAUGGUUUUGUGCUAGCUGUUGUCAUUGUUUCUCGUUUUCUUCUUGAGUAUAUGCCUUGGAAAGCAUCGUCUGUAAGUUAAACCCUGUUUAGACUGCACUUUCAUGAUGUCUACCAAACCGUUGCUUCAGUUCUAGCAUUGGAAAUGUGCAAUAUUAAGAACGAUUUUCCGUCCGUUUUUGCUAUGCUACAUUAGCGCUUGGUUUAUCCAUAUUAGCAUAUGGGCUACUACAUGCUAGUUGCGGCUAUUUUCAAUGCUAACCGUGCAUAUUUUGGUUAUUUCUGUUCCAAGCUUAUAUUGCGUUUUGACAAGUUAACAUUACAAUGUACAGUGAGGACACAGAGACAUUUAAUUUGAACUGUGUGAAACAUCCCCCUUUUUGUGUUUCCAUUUCUCUGUACAGUUUUACAAAAAUCUAAAGAAAAAGAAACUAAAGGUCCAUCUCAACA